AUGUCUCCCAGAAAUGAGGGCAUUCUCGACAGCAAAGAAUGGGACGAGGUGAAGCCCGGCUGGUCGGAAGGGUCCAAAUGGCUCUCUGAAGAAACCGACUGGAAGCCGGCCACAUUAACUCGCACAAGACGCCCGUCACGGUUGAACUUUGCCAGUCUAGGCACCUUCUUUUGGCCGAUUAAGAACACCAAACAGUCAGAGGUACUAAGACCGACUGCUUAUCUGGACGGACUCCGAGGUUUCGCAGCGCUCCUGGUGUAUUGGCAUCAUAACCAACUCUGGGCACAUGAACCUCAUGUUCAAAACAGAAUCUUCGAAAACGCCUUUGGCUACGAGAACAAAUACCACUUCAUCGCUUUUCCUGGUAUACGGCAUAUGUUUACCGGCGGCCAUUUUGCGGUUUCGGUCUUCUUUGUCAUUUCAGGAUACGUCCUCUCCGCAAAGCCCUUGAGCCUCAUACAAUCCGGAGAUCACGCGAAGCUGGCAGAAAAUGUCGGCUCUGCACUUUUUAGACGGUGGCUAAGACUCUACCUGCCGCUCAUCACAACCACUUUCUUAUUCAUGGGUUUUCUUCACAUGUUCAACAUUUGGGUUAGCAACGUCGAACAAAGCUCUACCUGGCGAGAGGAUGUCUGGUUGUGGUACUGCGAGCUGAAAAACUUCAGCUUCAUCUUCACCACUGGCGGCAGUCCCUUCUUCAGUUGGAACCCCCAUCUGUGGUCCAUUCCAGUCGAGAUGAAAGGAUCAAUUAUCGUCUAUACGGCACUCUUAGCGUUAUCCCGAUGCACUAGGAAUGCUCGACUCUGGUGCGAAGCUGGCCUCGCGUUUUACUUCAUGUACAUCGCCGACGGCUGGUAUGGUGCCAUGUUUGUCAUGGGCAUGAUGCUUUGCGACCUUGAUCUCCUCGCGAAAAAAGACGAUCUUCCAAGCAUCUUCAAGAAAGUCGAGCCAGCUAAAACCUUUAUCUACUACCAUCUAUUCGCCAUUUCGAUGUACUUGGGCGGCGUUCCUUCAUACACUGGCGACGUGAACAGGAUGCGGGAGAACCGGGGGUGGUACUACUUGUCACUGCUAAAGCCCCAAGCCGUCUUUGACUACAAAUGGUUCUAUUUGUUCUGGGCGGCAGUUUUUAUGGUGGCCUCAGUCCCGAGAAUUGGCUGGCUGAAGCGUUUUUUCGAGACACGCUUCUGCCAAUACCUUGGCCGGAUUUCCUUUGCCCUUUAUCUGGUUCACGGGCCUGUCCUCGGGACGCUGGGCGACCGCAUCUACACGGCAGUUGGCUGGUCGAUGGAAUCAAAAAGCCACCAUCUGGCGCAUUUGGUUAACAAGUUUCCAUUGCCCAAGUCAGGGCCUCUUGGUUUAGAACCGGCUUUCAUCCUCCCGCAUUUGGUUCUUUUGCCUCUCACUUUGUGGCUCGCCGAAAUUGUUACGAGGUUCGUUGACGAGCCGAGUGUCAAGUUCGCCCAGUGGCUUUACAAGAGAACCCUCCCUCCGCCGUCAAUGCCAAUUAAGGCCUAA